AUGGAAUUUUCCAAAUACGCUACAAAUCCGAUGGCACCGGAUAAUUCCAUUAAUAUCAAGGAUACUCCGAUUCCUCAGCUGUCAAACAGCGACUUCCGGCGACUUUUAAUGACGCCACGCGCACCAAUAACUCAUUCUUACUCUUCAGCCGCUGCUGAAGCCUCUGUCAAUGCAGAAGACCGUGAUGCUGAAGAGGGACAAGACAAUCGGCGCCGACCAUACGCUGGCGCAUUUGCUAGUGGUGGCAGCAGUAGUCAGCACUCUAAAUCUAAAGCAGUCGGCCAUUCGGGCGGGCAUCGUAGACACCAAAGGCCGCAGGUCCGGCAGCGUGGAGACACAAAGGGCCGCCCUCCAGUAGCAGAAGAACCUCCUGUCGUUGGCGGUGGUGGCGCUGGCGCUAGUGGAGAGAUUAUCGAUUCUGAGCGUCGGCCUCGUUACCGGGACAGAGCUCGGGAGCGACGAGAGGGCAAACUUACUGUUCGCGAAGCUGAUGGUGAAGAUGACGAACCUGCAGAAAUCCUUGGACGUGAUGCUGAAGCGGAUGAAGAAGCUUUGAGGCGAACCGCCGACUACCGAACCGUUGCACCUACCGCCGAUGCUGGAGCAUCUCAUGCUGAGCGCAGAAAGUUAUUGAUUCAAGAGUCAAAAUAUCUCGGUGGUGAUAUGGAGCACACGCAUUUGGUAAAAGGACUUGAUUACGUCUUGCUUCAGAAGGUGCGACUCGAGAUUCAGAAUAAAGAACGUGAGGUAGAUCAGUUGUUGGAUGUCGAGUUAGACAAACCAGAGAAGCCAGUUAUUUCGGUUGCUGAACCACCGGUCGGACUUAUUGGCAAGAAGGCUGGUGAACAGAUGCAGUUCAAGACCCGCUUAGCCCAGAGCAUUAUAGAGACGCUAUUUGGCCAGUCAUUGCCUUUGCGCAAUGAGUACUUUCAGUCGGGCAGAAUGGCAUAUCGUGUGGAGCUUGAAGACGAAUUUGCUGACUCCGAAGUGCCAACCACAGUAAUUCGCAGCAAGUCAGACUGCCCAUUUCUACAAAGUCACGCUGCAGGCGGUAUCACGACAACCGAAAUUGUGAUAAACAAGUUGACGCAAAUUCUCUCAUACUUACGCGCUGGCAAGCGACAGGCCAAAAAAGCCAAAAUGAAGGGUCGACUCGGGGGAAAGGAAGAGCCUCUUUCUGCUGAACUAGGAAAGGCUAAAAAAUUGCCAGGCAAGUUAUAUCUGAUUACCCGCUUGAAUACAUGUCUAGAGUUAUAUCAUCCUGGGUCCUCCAGUUGA